UGUGUGACCUCAGACCAUGCAGAGAACCGGUGGUUAACCCCUACUACGUGAACAUGGGUUCUGCUCGCGCCCCGGCAACCAGCGCUAACGACAGUGAACAGCAGAGCUUGUCCAGCGUCUCCGACGGCGACACACUCUCACUGACAGACAGCAGUGUGGAUGGUGUUCCACCCUACCGGUAUCGUAAACAGCAUCGUAGAGAGAUGCAUGAAAGUGCCAAAGUCAACGGACGUGUGCCCCAACCUCAUAUACCUCGUACGUACCGUGUACCAAAGGAUGUCCAUGUUGAGCCGGAGAGGUUUGCUGUUGACCUCAUCAGUCGACUGGAGGCAGUUCUGAGAGAGAGAGAAGCACAGGAGAGACUGGAGGAGAGACUGAAGAGGGUCAGACUGGAGGAGGAGGGUGACGACGCCUGACGUCUCCAUGGUAAACUCC